UCAGCCACUGUACGACUUUCGAAUUUUCGACUGCACCAGUAGCCGAGAAGCUGAGUAACGGUGUUGUUGUUGUUUAGUGAGUACCCAUUGUUCACAAACUAUAUUAGUAAAAACUUCGAGCCCGUUCAAAAUUUUCUGACUUUUCUACUGCCAUAGCAGUUCACUAAUACUCAAACAAUCAAAUUCGUCAAUACACUAGAAAAAAAAUGGCACUGAAAGCGAUUGUUGGACAGAAGAUUAUGGACGAAAUGAUCAAAGAACAGAAGGAUGUGAAAAAAGGUACAGUGGAAAAAGUGAUCUGGCGGGUGCUGGUGGUCGAUCAGCUGGCGAUGAGAAUAAUAUCUUCAUGUUGCAAGAUGCACGAAAUGGCAUACGAACGCGUCACCCUUGUCGAAGAUCUAAACAAGAACCGUGAGCCGUUGCCCACAAUGGACGCAGUUUAUUUUAUCACUCCAUGUGAAAAGUCCAUCGGCACACUCAUCAGAGACUUCUCUAGUCCGGGGAAACCAAUGUACAAAAAUGCUCAUGUAUUCUUCACUGAGGUGUGUCAAGAAGAACUUUUCAAUGAACUGUGCAAAUCAAUUGCUGCCAAAAAAAUUAAAACUCUCAAAGAGAUAAACAUCGCGUUUCUACCUUAUGAAAGUCAGGUGUUUUCUUUAGACUCCCGUGAAACAUUUCAAUGUUUCUAUAGUCCAUUACUAGUAAGCAGUCGCAUCCCAAACAUGGAGCGUAUUGCAGAACAGAUAGCUACUGUUUGUGCCACAUUAGGGGAAUAUCCGUCACUACGAUAUAGAAGUGACUUUGAACGCAAUGCUGAAUUGGCUCAAAUUGUACAACAAAAGUUAGAUGCUUAUAAAGCUGAUGAACCAACAAUGGGUGAAGGUCCAGAAAAAAUGCGUUCACAGUUAAUUAUAUUAGACAGAGGAUUCGAUUGUACAUCUCCAGUUUUGCAUGAGCUUACAUUUCAAGCUAUGGCUCAUGACCUUUUGCCAAUAGAAAAUGAUGUUUAUAAAUAUGAACCCAAUGCUGGAUCUUCUCUUAUUAAGGAAGUGCUAUUGGAUGAAAAUGAUGAACUCUGGGUGGAACAUAGACAUCAGCAUAUUGCUGUUGUAUCCAAGAAAGUAACACAACAAAUGAAGAAAUUCUCAGAUUCUAAACGCAUGACUGCUGUUGAUGAAGGUACAUUUUCCAUGAGCGAUUUAUCUAAUAUGAUCAAGAAAAUGCCUCAAUAUCAAAGUGAAUUGAGCAAGUAUUCAACUCAUUUACAUCUAGCUGAAGAUUGCAUGAAAUCUUUUCAAGGUAAUCUAGACAGACUUUGUAAAGUAGAACAAGAUCUUGCUAUGGGUACUGAUACCGAGGGCGAGAAGAUUAAAGAUCAUAUGAGGUGUAUUGUGCCCAUAUUGUUAGACUCGAAUGUGUCUAGCAACGAUAAAAUAAGGAUAAUUAUAUUGUAUAUUUUGUCAAAAAAUGGAAUAUCGGAAGACAAUCUUGACAAACUUAUACAACAUGCCCAACUGUCACCAAUUGAUAAACAAGCAAUUAUCAAUUUGAAUUUGCUCGGUAUCAACUCUGUUGUGGACGGUAACAGAAAAAAACAUUAUCAAAUUCCACGUAAAGAGCGUAUUUCAAAAGAAACAUAUCAGAUGUCUCGUUGGACACCAGUGGUUAAGGAUUUAAUAGAAGAUUGUAUCGAAGACAAAUUGGAUGCUAAACAUUUUCCUUUUCUAGCAGGCAGAGCUACUUCAUCUGGAUACUAUGCACCAUCUAGUGCACGGUACGGACACUGGCAUAAGGAUAAAGGCAAAGGACAACAACUUAUAAAAAAUGUGCCAAGAGUAAUAAUUUUUGUGACAGGAGGAAUCAGUUUUUCUGAGAUGAGAUGUGCAUAUGAAGUAACUAGUAAUGUCAAAAACUGGGAGGUUAUUAUAGGUUCAUCACACAUUCUUACACCAGAAGACUUCAUUAAAAAUUUAUCAGCUUUAAGUCAAUAAAUCUUGUCCACUUGACAAUUGUAAAGUACCUAAUAUUAUUUAGUGUGUGUGCUAUUGUAAUAAAUAAUGAAUUAUGUAUACAAAAUUUAAAUAUUAUCAUACUGUACAAGUACAAUACUUAAUAUUGUGAUUUGUGGGUUUAAUAUCAAUAACUACAAAUUGUGCAUUGGUAUUUUAACAUUAAUUAUUACAAAAACAUAAAUAGAUUUUAUGAUUUAAAAAGAUUUUCGCUAAUAUAUUUUGAUGAUUAUAAAAACCAAUUUCUUCAAAUAUUCUAUGAACUUUAUAAUAUUUAUAAAUGUAAAAACAUUUUUUAACAACUUUUGUUUUACAAAUAUGAAUUCAAUAGAUGGUAAUAUUUGUACAACAAUUGUUAGUUAUAACAGACCUUAAUAAAGAAAUAAAAAACAAAAUAGAUUAAACUAAUUUUUUAAUAUCAAAAUAACAUACUAUAAAUAUAUUUACUAAAAUUAUGUCAACAUAGACAAAGUAUCAUAAAAACAUACUUUUUUUUCCUUAUCUAUAAUAUUACAAAACGGUAUAAUGUUAUACUCCAAAGGACCACAAAAAGUGUUUGUUGUAGAGGAUAAUAUAAAAAUAUAUAAUUUGUAUACCAAAGCCAAAUCAAUUAAAAAAUCACAUUAAUUUUGUAUAUAUAAAGUCAGUCUAUAGUGUAAUAAUUAUGUUAUCUCCUUCUCUCGACCUAAUUAGACAAUACAUAAUUUUAUUGUUUAAAAAAUUAAACCAAAAAUCUUGAUAUUAUAUUAUAUUUACAUUCAUCUAAUUUAAAAAACAUUUAACUGUGCUAUA